AUGGCAGUAGCGCGAGAAUUUUCCGCAGCGUUGUUCUCUUGCUCAAAGCCCCACGUUUCUCUUUUUCAACGUCUCUUCCUUCGUAGAAAGACUUCCAAGAUUUUUGUCAAAGGUUUAGCAUUUUCUACUACAAAAGAGAAAUUAGCUGAAGAUUUUUCUCAAUACGGAAACGUUCUCAAAGCUGAUAUAGUAUUGAAUAAAGCCAAGAAUAGGUCCAAAGGUUUUGGAUAUGUGACUUUUUCAGAGGAGGAAGAAGCCCGCAAAGCCCAGAUCGACAUGAAUGGAAAGAUAUUACACGGACGUGUCUUAUAUGUAGACAUGGAUCCACCUGACGAGCAGAAGAAAACCUACAUGCACGCAACUAAAAAUGAAAAUGCUAAUAAUGCUGAUGUGCAUAUGGAUUGA